AUGGGCAAAGGAAAGCCAGCCGCACCAAAAGCCGCUAAACCCAGCGGAACUGGUGCAAAAGCUAGUUCUGGGAAAGCUGCACCUGAUAAGGGAGCUGCCAAAGGAGCCACUAAAGGGGCUGAUAAGGGCAAAGGUGAUGCGGCUAAGGGUUCUAAAGACUCUAAGGGUGCGAAAAGCACGCCGAAAGCUCCGAAAGGGGGGGAUGAUGAAGAUGCUAAGGGCUCUGAUGCUGAGAAAUCUGAUGCUGAGGACGAUGAGGAUGAUAAGGGCUCUGAUGCCGGGAAGUCUGACGCUGAGGAUGAUGAGGAUGCUAAGGGCUCUGAUGCUGAGAAGUCUGAUGCUGAAGAUCAGGAAGAUGAUAAAGAGGAUGACGAGGAGGAUGCGGGUGGUGACGAUGCAGAGGAAGAUGGAGAUGAUAAAGAUGGAGGGGACGAAGAUGACGAAGAGGGCGGGGCUGGCGAGGAGGAAGAUGGCGAAGACGCAGAAGAUGAUGCGGGGGAUGACCAGGAUGGCGAUGAUAAAGACGAUGAUGAGCAAGAGGAUGGUGAGGAUGAGGAUGGGAAGGAUGAUGAAGCGGGUGGAAGCGACGCCGACGACAAAAAUGACGAAGAUGCAGACGGCGAUCAAAAAGACGACGACGACGCCGACGCAAACGCGUCCGACUCAGACUCAGCCAAGCCCAAGAAAGGCGCCUCCACCUCAACCAAUGACAAGAAAUCCAGCAAAGGACAAAAAGGAAAAUCCACCCCAAGUAAACCUUCCGCUCCUCCUUCUGAAGCAGAACAAUCUGACGAUGGUGACGCACAGAAAGCAAGUAGUCCCACCGCCACUCAAGCUCCUCCUACUCCUACCCAAGCUCCGGCGAAGCCUUUGGAUGGCGCACAGAAAGCUGGGCAGAUCGUUGGGGACGUGGGGAAAAUUGGGCAGGCUGUGGGAGGGCCUGUGUUAGGGAGCGUGAUUGGAGCUGGAGCGGAUGCCGUGCAGGAUGUGCUGAACUUGUUUUGA